AUGAACUUUGCUAUCGCAAUUUUUAGUGCUACGCUACUCGCCACUUCUAUCAUCGCCUCUCCCCUCACUUCUCGGCGACAGGCGGAUGGUGAGAUACAUCGAUCUACCCAAGCUCCGCGCCGUACAGUCCGACCUCAUAAUCCAGGUACCUCAGAAGUACUAUAUCUGAAUCAAGUGCCCCAGGAGACUUACAGCUCAAAUUGGGCUGGGGCUGUGCUUAGUGGUACCGGAUACACUUGGGUCUCCGGAGAGAUCACAGUUCCUAUCCUCCAACUUCCAAGUGGUGCCAACUCCUACACAAAUUACUGCGCCUCAGCAUGGGUUGGCAUUGACGGUGAUACUUGCAGUACAGCCAUUCUACAAACAGGAAUCGAUUUCUGUAUUCAGGGAGGCUCCACGUCAUAUAGCGCGUGGUAUGAAUGGUAUCCAGACUACGCACAUGACUUUAGCAACAUCCAAAUCUCGGCUGGAAAUGUGAUUAAAAUGACAGUCAACGCAACUUCGAGGAGCUCCGGCUCCGCUACGGUUGACAAUUUAUCCACAGGCGCAUCUGUGACGCAUAUAUUCCGUAAUGGUAUUGGGGGUGAUCUCUGCGAGUUUAACGCCGAAUGGAUUGUGGAGGACUUUUCUGUAAACAACGCAUUGGCUCCUUUUGCCAACUUUGGCACUGUAGUAUUCUCCAAUGCAGUUGCCUCGCGCGGUGGGGAUACUUACGGACCAUCCAGUGCUACCAUCAUGGACAUCUAUCAGGAUCGGAUUCUCACAUCUUCUUCUGUCACUGGAAACACUGUCACUAUCAGUUAUAUGUAA